CAGCCCCCCGGCCCGGCCCGGGAGGGUGGCCGAGUGGCGGCGGCGGCGGCGGCGGAGACUGUGACUUUAAGAGCGCACCGGGAUUCCGCGAGCCAGCCGCGCCGUCCUAGGCUGCUGCGCACCCCGCGGAGCCGAACCCGGCGCUGGCCGGACGGGGCGCCUGCUACCGGGCUGCUGAGAACUAGCCCUAGACCUCUGCGUGAGGGUCCUUGCUCUGAAGACGUCACCAGUGUGUGGAGCCUGCCCCACACCCCACCCCCUGCCAAACCACGGCCUUUACCUGUGUCUUCCGGUGUUUCCCGUGCGACCCAUCCUGUGGGAGUGCCUCGUGGGCGGCCCCAGAGUUCACCCCACGCUCAGUGGCGCCAAUGGUGAAGAUGACAAGAUCCAAGACUUUCCAGGCAUAUCUGCCCUCCUGCCACCGGACCUACAGCUGCAUUCACUGCAGGGCUCACCUGGCCAAUCAUGAUGAACUAAUUUCCAAGUCGUUCCAAGGAAGUCAAGGACGAGCAUAUCUCUUUAAUUCAGUAGUUAAUGUGGGCUGUGGGCCUGCAGAAGAGCGAGUAUUGUUAACAGGACUACAUGCAGUCGCAGACAUUUACUGUGAAAACUGCAAAACCACUCUGGGAUGGAAAUAUGAACAUGCUUUUGAAAGCAGCCAGAAAUAUAAAGAAGGCAAAUACAUCAUUGAACUAGCACACAUGAUCAAGGACAAUGGCUGGGACUGAGCAGGCAGCAGCCACCCAACCCAGUGUCCACGUGAAUGCCAUCCAACUGAACAUUCUACCCAAGCGUGAGAGAGUGACUGAACACUUGGUUCCAUCCAUUUGGGGGCCUUGCCAUCUGGGGCAUCCUCCCACCCUGACACCAUCUUUCUGGUGACUGGCCUCUAAAUUGCUGUCUCUGUCUCUUUGCUUUGUUUCUGUUUGUGAGUUGAUCCUGGCUUCUCUCUCUGUUCUCGUGUUUGCUGAAAACAAAACAACUAAAGGAACAGAUCCUUGACCACCCAGCAGCAGCCCACCUCGCAAAGAGCCCCAGGGCCCUGCAAGAGCUGCCUGAUGGCCUCUUGUCAGGAGAGCAGUGGCAUGUGGGCGUGAGGAAGAAGGAAAAGGGGAUCCCUGAGGUCCUGGGGGUGGGCAGGGGCGGGAGGGUGGAAGUAGGAACAGAACUGCACUGCUCCUGGAACCCUGGUAACUUAGGCUUGAAAUAUUCGACUUGUCUAAAAGGACAAAGAGAAAAAAAAUACCUCAUGACUGCAUUCUCUCUGAUCAGAAGCCUCUCUUCCUGACACCCGAUGUGCCAGGACAGCAGAUGAGCACAGAAGGGGCCCUAAUGGUAGCUGAUGGGGCAAAGGGCCUGGUUCUCUCUGGGUGAGUAAGGGAAACUCUGGGUAGCAGGAAGUGAGGUAGGUGAAGCCCUGGUGGGUUUUGAUGACUCUGAUGCCUCACACAGCCUCUGGGUAAUCAUCUUCUUUGCCUCCUUAGCCACUGAAGAUGAGGGGAGAGGGAGCUGUCAUUUGCAAUGAGCGCACGAUGGAUAUGUCCCAAAGGCUUUGACCAUCAACCAAGUAAAAUCAGAAAUUGAGGAGAGCAGGGCAUAAGGGAGUGUUGCAGCUUGGGAGCUCCUGAAGAAUGGCUCAGAUACUGAGCCAGAACACCAAGGCAUAGAACCAGUUAGUAAUUCUGAAUGUCCACCUUUCUUUUCCUGACCCUUAAUAAGAGUGAUAGGGCAGGGGGAGGGAUUGGGAGGAACCAUGGGGGGAAUAGACCAGAUUAGUGCAUAUUUCUUCUUUGGUUAUCAGUGGGGUCAGCUAUCCUUUGAUCAUUGUGCUUCAGCUGCUUUUGUCCAGUUCCAUCAUUGUAGACCAUGGAAAAACAGACCCAAGGCUUGGAGCCUAGUGAUAACCUGGGUGGUGGAUUCCUCAUGGCCCUAGUUGUUCUGGAUCUGAAAGUCUUAUAUAGCAACAGAUCUAUUCUUUCGGUCCAGUAGUGGGGGGGUUACAGAUUCCAGUGUUAUCCUCUGCCCCUACUUCCCAUCCAAGCUUCAUUGUGUUAAGGAAGUGGAGAACAAAUCCCUGUAAGGCUUGAGAGAAAGAGUUUGUUACAUUUAAUCAACACUGUGAAGUCUGUUCUACGGCAAUUCAGCCAAUAUACGGUGCAUGACCAAAACUCAUUUCACUGAGUUAAUUUCAUUUCAUAGACGGAAAACGUUAAGAUAUGUGUGUAUUGGGUAAUUCUUAGCGUCUCAUUCUGCAAGUAGGCUGAUCCUAUAGGAAAAUGCAGCUUUAAAGGUCUCAAAAGGAAAAAAAAAAGAGUGCGUUCAUGAAGCUAAGAAUCUGUAAAAAUCAAUUAACCAAGAUUAAAGCAGCCAAUCCAGGACAUUUUCAGAAUCACACCUGUAACAAAACCGAAUUCCCGUAGGGAGUGAGUCUAUGAUGGAAAUGCCUCUUUGUGUCCAUGUGCUGACUGCAGAAUGGGAGACUGGACACUGGCAUGGCCUGCCCUGCCAGUAGUAGAUGGCAGGAUGGCAGAAAGCAGGAUGACCCAUGUCCAGCAGCGGACUGCCUCUCCUCCCCAAAACAAAGCGUUCCUAGAAAUUGACUUCCUGCCCUUCCCAGUGCUUUAGUAGCCCUGGAGAUUAAGUUGUUCUCCCUACUUUAUUACAAGACAGACUGGAAGGUUCAGAAGUAAUUCCACUUCCAAAGACAUUGUCCUCUGGCUUCCAGGCCCAAGUUCUCAAUAAACAUUUUUUAACUUUCACAUUCGUAAAUUGGCUCUCCAGCACAGAAAUCAUGGAUUUCCCCUCUUUGUCCCUCUUAAAGGAAGUGGCCUUCAUUUAUGGAUUUGAUUAGGUCUUUUGCCUAGAGAGUGUCCUGGCUGUUAAGAGUCCACUUCAUUAGAAAAAAGGGGAGGGAGCCCAAUCUAGGUAGAUGUUUUGUCUCUAAAACUACAGUUGGGAUGUGGUGACAUAGAAACUGGACAUGGGUGCCCCAGAUUGUCAGGGGGCAGAGAAAGAGACCAGUGUGCCACUGUCCUUCCUUAGAGAUGGGGCCUGGGUCAGAGCAGGCCCCAGCCAGACCCCCGUUCUGGUUGUUUCAGUUACUGUCCACUGAGCAUCCAAAGGGUGUAUGGCACCAUACUUGGUGCAAGGCAAUGAGUGUUGGUUUUCCAUAGCUAUGAGAGAGAAAAAAAGAAAAACAAAACUCAUUAGGCUUCCCUUUGUGUCAGUGAAACCCAAAGUGCUUCUUACACUGUUAACUCCAUUCAUGGCUUGUCGUUCUAACAUUUAGCAGUAUUGGAGAGGCCGCAUCUGAGCAAUGGAGAUACAUCAAUGCAAGGCCUCUGUCGGUUUAUUCUUUUUAAUUUCCUCACCAAAUUAUUGACUCAGAGCAUAACCAAAGACCUCAUUCAUUCACCCCCCUCCCCAUGGGUUCAGGGAAUCGAGUCUGUUGCUUACACGAGGGCGAGGGUGCAGGAGCAGGGAAGGGGAAGGGAGAAGUGAGAAAGGGAAGGCAUGAAGCUCUAUACCUCAGCCAGCAAUGCCUUCGCUUUGAGCUGAAGCCCGGCUGGCAGACUUGAGUUCCAUCUCCCUUGUGUCACCCUAGGUCCCAUGGCCUUGGCUACCCUGGAGGACACCCACCAGCCCCCCUCCCCCCUGCCCCACAUAGUAGACUCAGGCUGCUGAUGGGUUGAUUUGACGUGAAUCAAACACAGGCAAACUUGAUGCCCACACAUUCUCAGCUGGGCCUGACUGAGUGCGGCCCCAGCACCUAUGACCGUAAGAUCGUGUAGAUAGGACACAGCACGUCUACUGGCGGAUCAAUGUGUGCGAAAGAGGUGUCCCCUUUAUAAUAAGAUUUUCAAGUAGAUAGAUAUAUAUAAAACAGUUGCUUGUGAAAUAUACUUUUGUAUAUAAUAUUUAAUUUUUUAAAUAAUAUAUUUGGUGCUGUUUUCUCAGAUCCCCUGAGAGCACUUUUUAUUUUCAUUUUAAAUUCUAUGAUUUCCUCUGCAUUUCUUGAAGUGUAUUGUAAGGGAAACAGUAAUCACCAAUAUACUUUCGGUUUUUUUAAGAUCUCUGUCACUUUAAUCUGAAUCAAGGCUUUAAAGCAAUCCCUAUCUGUAUCUCCCCCCCACCCAGUGGAACAGACUCUGCAGUAAAUUUCCAGUUGAGAACUGAAAUAUUUUCUGGCAGUAGUAUUGGCUAGAAAAGAACGUAAAUAAAACCAAGUAAAUUUAAUAGUAACGACUUAGGGUAAUUGCUCUUGUUGGAAGAAGUUCCAACAAAUUAGAAUCUUGUUUUUAAGUGUGGGUGUGUGCGCGCAUGCCUGCGUGCGUGUGUGCGCAUGAGUGAAAGCACUUUGGAUUGUGCCUCCUGCUUUAUUUUCUACUGGGGACACUACCUACAGUUUACACCUUGGGCGCGUUAAGGUUUUUCUUCUUUCUCUCUGGUUGUUUUUGUUUCUGAGUGGACCAACAGCACAAGCCACGAGGCUUUUGUUUUCCUGAGCACGGAGCUGUUGCCAGUUUGUUCUUUUUUCUUUCUUUGAGUGCUCAACUUUUACAGAUUGUAAAGGAAACCUCUGAAGAUCAAGCAGAGUCAAAUCUGUGCUUCUGAAUGAGAUGUGAGUGUAUUAAUCAUGUAUCCCAGGGCUCCAGUUGUUUUAGAAACCAAUGAUGUUGAACAUUAACUGGUCUGGGAUAAAGAGCAUUAAUAACAUAAUACACAUACCUUGUAGGUAAACAGCUUUUUUUAUUUUUUAAGGUCAGAUUGCCUCAGGUUCAGGAAGAGGCUGGGAAAUCAAAUCUUGAACACAAUCAAUUUAUGUAUUUUAAAAGAAUCUGCCUAAAAUGAGAAAUGCUAGUCCUAUGGAUACAGGAAAUAAAUGAUUGAUUUUUUAAAAAAUUAAAACACAGUCAUGAAAUCUACUGGCAGUAAGAGAAAGCCGAGAAGAAACAAGCUAUUCUCUUAUUACCCAGGUCUUCUUGCCCAUGUUUUAUAUAACCUUUUGGAGAAAGUGGGAGUUGAUUCCUUUUUCCCAACCUGCAGAGACUGUCUUAUAAUAUAGAAUCUGUCUAUUUAUGCUUGUGUUUACAAACUGUAUUUGUUGGGUUUGGGUUUGUUCUUUUGUUUGUUUUUGGUUUUUUUGGUGGCAUUUUUCAGGUCAUUUUGCUUCAGUAACAAAGGUAAUUGUUUUUGAAUAAUUUGUCUUCACCUUUUCCUGUAUUUGUACAUAGUGAUUCAGUAUUACCGUAGAGAAAAGUGCAUUGUUUCUGUCAUAUUUCCAAUCUGUGUUGGUGCUCAUUUGAGAAAAUAAAGUUUUCAAAUAUUAA